AUGGGUGGAAUGUGGACACUAUUCUCACUGCAUAUAGCACUGAUCAUCUUCCCAUGUAAGAGGUAUAGAUAGAGGCAAUGAUGAGAGAUAAUUGUUUUACAUGCACAAUGUGUUCAAUUUAAAUUAAUGAAUGUAACUUGGGGAGCAGAGAUAGGGUAGGAUCAUGGAUCAUCAGGUUUGUGAGAUCUAAAUUUUUUUAGAAUGUAUUGUUUGCCCAUGAAACACUGGAUAAGAUAUUUAAAAAAAAAAAAAAUAUUGUCUCUUUCUGUGUUUCCAUCAGGUCUAUGUCUUGGGGUAAAGGUUGAACAGGGUUCUAAACUGAUCAUCGUUUCGAUUGGAAAACCGGUGGAGCUCCAAUGUGAACAUGAUGACUCUAGCCUUUGGAGAAUGUAUUGGUAUCAACAGCGACCCGGACAGGAGCUGAAGCUUAUGGUUCUUUCAACAGCUGCAAACUCUGAUAGUGAGACCAUGGAAGAAGGGUUCAAGUCAUGGGUUUGGAACAGGCCUACUAUUCUGAAUUCCACCCUGAAAUUGUCCAGUUCUCAGACUGCAGAUUCGGCUGUGUAUUUCUGUGCAGUCAGUGAUCACAGUCACAGAUCUCUGAGCAACACUGAGCAUAAAACCAUGCAGCUUCAUUCAGCACCACUCAGUGGAACAGCUCCAGGAUAG